AUGACCAUGAGAGUUUGGGCAAUCUGGAAACGAAGUCGCUACGUUUGCUUCGGCCUAGUGGCGACAUAUCUUGCGCUGUCCUCCGUGUCUAUCGCAUCCAUCGUCAAAGUUCCUGCCCAACAAGACACUUUCGGUGCUGACUUGCAUUCUGCCUACGGGGUUUGCCCUCCGUAUUUCGCCCACUCUAAAGCUAUCGAUACGUGUUUCUUGGCAUUGGUAGCAUACGAAUCUGUACUCUUGGCCUUGACGCUGGUGAAGGCAAUUGACAUGUAUCGUUACGUAGAUGUCGGGACCUCGAGCUUUAUUGAUAUCUUUUUCGUGGAUGGUCAGUACCCGAACGAUCAUUGUUCAGUCCAUUUCGAUACUGAUCUGGAUGCCGAUUCCUCUCAGGACUCUUAUAAUGGCUAUAUACUGGCCGGAUCGACUGCAAAUAUCAUCGUCAGAUACAAAACCACACCUAACGAAUACAUCAAUCUCCUGAUAUCAUUACAACCAGUGUUCGAUUCUGUGCUGAUUUCACGGAUGAUGCUUCACUUGAAGCAAAACGUUGUCAAGUCCAGGCAAAAUGAUCUCCUUUCGAUACACUCAAGUAUGCCUUCCCGCUAUGGUGGUACCACUUCCGAGACGGGAAGUAUUUUCGACGUUUCGAAUUUCGACCACGCGAGAUCGUGGUUCGGGAAUGGUCUGCGACAGACGAACGUUGACUAA